AUGAUCAGAGCUGUUCCAUGGUUUUCUACUGCUAUCCUUUUCAUCGCAAUCUGGUUAGGCUCCUUAUGUUCACCAUUUACCUCAGUUCCAUCUGUUAAAGUGGCCGUUUUACUAUCACCGGUUAUAGUAGUCAUCUUCUUUGGAAUUAUAUCCUUGUCUUGUAUUAUGCUCGGUGUUUUCAAUUUUAACGACUGUCCGGGUGAAGAUGAAAAACUAAAGCAACAAAUUGAAGAGGCUCGAAAGGGACUACGGAAUGCUGGUUACAAGUUUUAA